AUGUCCAGCUUCAUAACCAACCUCUUCCCCUCAGUGCAAGCUGGCAGACAUGACAACAUUUUGCCGGUUCCGCCCCCACCUCUACAUACUCGGUCCAGUCAAAAUGAGGGUCUCGUCGAUCGACCCAGUACUCCUGUUAAUAAAAGCAAUUUCAUCAAUCCCGUCUCAACACCCCAAGGAAGUCCAAGCAAGAAUCGAAAUCCACCUGGAGCAAACGAGUUACCUACAGCCUUCGAUACUGCUAUGAAGCUUACUCCUGCUAAUUUGAGCAGUCCAACCAAACUUGGCCGUGUUCCGAUUGGCACACCACUAACUCCAGGGAAAGGAACGAACGCCAACGCUGUCGAAGAGUUUUUUGGUAAUUCUGCCGGAAAUACCGACGAGAGCAUUCUUCACAAAUCUACGAUCCCUUCGGGAAGUCCUGUGCGUCGACAAGGAGACUUUCUUGAUUACUAUUAUGAUCUUUUAAGUUACGUUGGCGCACGACAGACUCGACUUAAUAGUUUCAAGGAACAAUACCCUGUCCCUCCGGGGACUCCCGAAGAAAUAUACAUUCCAAAUUGGUCAAAAUAUGCUGGUAGGGAGCGUGCCAAUUUACGCAAGCGUCGAGUCCGUCUACGUCAAGGCGAUUUCCAAAUUUUAACACAAGUUGGACAAGGUGGUUAUGGACAAGUCUUCCUUGCUCAGAAGAAAGACACUAGGGAAGUCUGUGCCUUGAAGGUUAUGAGCAAGAAAUUGUUGUUCAAGCUGGACGAAGUUAGACAUGUUCUUACUGAACGUGAUAUCUUGACCAAUGCGAAGAGCGAGUGGCUCGUUAGAUUGCUCUACUCAUUCCAAGACGAGAAGAGUAUAUAUCUAGCCAUGGAAUAUGUCCCUGGUGGAGAUUUCCGAACCUUGCUCAACAAUACUGGCGUACUUGCUAAUAGACAUGCCCGAUUUUAUAUUGCCGAGAUGUUCUGUUGCGUUGAUGCAUUACACCAACUCGGUUACAUUCACAGAGAUCUUAAGCCCGAGAACUUCUUAAUUGACUCAACAGGACAUGUCAAGCUCACUGAUUUUGGACUUGCUGCAGGUUUCCUUGCUCCAGGAAAGAUCGAGUCUAUGCGUGUGAAGCUUGAAAAGGUCGGCGAGACAUAUGUUCCAUUCGGUAAGCCUAUUGAGGAGCGUACUGUUGCCGAACGUCGAGAAGGUUAUAGAUCAUUGAGAAAUAAGGAUGUCAAUUAUGCCAAAUCAAUCGUUGGUUCGCCUGAUUACAUGGCACCUGAAGUUUUAAAAGGCGAUGAGUAUGACUACUCAGUUGAUUAUUGGAGCUUGGGCUGUAUGCAUUUCGAGGCUUUGACAGGUUUUCCUCCCUUCGCUGGUGCUACCGUCGACGAGACCUGGAAGAAUUUGAAGCAUUGGAGAGAAGUAUUAAAGAGGCCAGUUUGGGAGGAUCCAAAUUAUUUUAUUAGUAAUCGUACUUGGAACUUUAUUACAAGCUGCAUUACUUCCAAGGUUAAACGUUUCUCCAAUAUUUCGGAAGUUUAUGGGCAUCAAUAUUUUGCCGAGGUUGACUGGAACACACUUCGUUCACAACGUGCUCCUUUUGUACCAGAGCUGGAUUCUGAAACUGAUGCGGGAUACUUUGAUGAUUUUAGCAGUGAAGCUGAUAUGGCAAAAUACAAAGAAGUCCAUGACAAACAAACUGCUUUGGAGAACAUGGCCGAUCGAGAAGAUGCUAUGAGCAAGAGUUUAUUUGUUGGAUUUACAUUCAGACAUCGUAAACCAAACACAGACGAUGAUGGAACCAAGUCUAGUCCAAGAAAACCUAUCGCAACGGACGGCACUUUUGGGACUAUGCUAUGA